AAUUUUAGAGACUACAAAACCAAAGAGCGUGAUUACGAGAGUUGGAAGUUUCUAGGCACGAGUGUCCAUCCAAUCUCUUGUUCCCUGUCCGCAGUGGUUGACUGCGCGGUGUCUGCCUGGGGUCCCUGGUCGGACUGUGACGUCGAGUGUGGCACUGGAAUGAUGACCCGGUCGAGGACAGUCGAAAAGCAGCCAGAAAAUGGGGGCAAACAUUGUCCAUCCCUUAUCCAGAAGCGGGGAUGUCAGGGUUCUCGAUGCACACACAAUCCGCGCAGUGCCAUCAAAGAGACGGCUAUGCUGCUACCGGUUACACUCAGUUCCAGUCGGCGUGUUAAUGAAACAAAUGACAUCAGAAGAAACCUCCGUCUCCGCUACCCUAAGGACCCUGCUGAAGACAAAGAGUACUGCGUCGAAUUUGAAGUCCUGAAGGCGUCCAAAGCAUGCCGAAAGGAACCGAACUUCUCUUCACUUAGAGAAGGUGAACGAGUGUGCGUGAGGUGCGAAACGCAGGCUCUGCGUAAGAAUCUGGGGUACCGAUGCGCCGGCCACGGAGUAGAGGACCGAGCGACUCGCUGGACCGCUCUAUCGGCCCCUCACUGCCACGGCAAGUGGAUCCGGCUGGAGGCGGGUAGCAGCGUCCACGAUGCGUCUUGCCCCACGUGCAAAAAAGGCCCCGAUUACAUCUUCGUCUGAAGUAAAGACUUUAACUGUACAAUUUGUUCCCCCAUGGUUUCUCUUCCAUUGGCGAGAGAAACCGCGUAAGUGGACGAGACCAAAAUGCCGUUUCUUUUUGUAAAAAAAAAAUUAAAAUGAAUAAAUAUUGGCAAUGCAAGGUUUUGUAACAGUAGCCACAGAGUCUGUCCAGUUACGAACGAAAUAUCUUGUUGAACGUUGAAGUAAAAUUCCCUUGAAAUUAAACACGGAUUCAAAAGAGAGGUUCUCCUUUAAUAAAAUGCAUAUUAGCUAAAUAUAGCUUGCAGGUAGCUGACGUUAAUUUACAAAACGUGUAAUGCAUUUUAAUUAGAAUUUAAACUGAAUUACUUGCAAUUCAACAUAAUUUUCUUCGAUAUAGUCGUUAAGACCGAAACACUUUGAUAUUAAAGUCUGACGUAACACAAACUAUAUUACCCGAAAUGUUUUGUGUUCGUCAGAGUCAAUAUGGUAGAAAUAAAAUUUAUAUUGUGGGAACAAAAAUGUUUCUUUGCUUUUUCACAUUCGUAAAAAAAAAAUCAAACUGCAAUACGAAAGAUCUUCUGUACCAUACGCCUUAAUAGGCACUGGUAAUGACUAUGUAGUUUAAAUAUUCGGCUAAUCAUCGCCUCCACCAUAAUCAUGCCCGAAACAACUCGUCUACAAUUUACAACCUUCUUGACUGAGUACAGGAGAUUCUGUAUCAAGGCAUUAUCAUUAUCGAAAAAUACCCAGUGUGGCUUGGCUAUUAAUUUGGAAGCCGUGUACAAUUAGAACAAUGUUAAUUUAAAUUCCCUUCCUGAGUGUCACUUAGAGUAUUCUGUUGGUUCUUAAUCUAUCUUAAAAUCAUUUUAAUACCAUUAACAUCACACUGCAUUUAAUUGAGAAACGGUUUGUAAUUAAUACUCAUUUUUAUUAAACAAUUUUAAUAAUUAAAAUUACUGCCAUUAAUAUUGAUCUCAUUUUACAAUGAGCUGAGGAGUUUGGGAAACAUUUAAUGCUUAUUAUUUAUGAAGGGUCCAAAAUAUGAAAUUAUAUUAACAAAUAUUUCAUAAUCUCUGAGUUUUCACAUAAACACGUGUUUUUACGUAACCUUUUAUUACCAAUGUAGGAAUUAUAUUCUACUUUAUUUUACUUAAGAUGUUUUCAUAUUAUGUUUAUUUUGUAAAUAUUACUGAUGUAUUGGCUCACAAGAAAUCACAGCAUUUUGUGUUAAUAUUACAUUAAUUUUUAUUGUUUUCUAGUUAGUGAUUGUCAUACAAUUUUGCAGACAACUGAACGGAUUAUACAAUAUCAGUGUUACUUAAUGCGAUGUCAGAGCCCACUUUUAAGUGGCCCAGUGUCUGACAAAUGAAUUAACAUCGCGAUGUCUUCAACGUGACGUCACUUCCUUUCUUUGUCAUCGCAUUUCUUUUGUUCCGCGUAGAAGUUUAUUGACUAAUAAUCAGGCGUAUUCCACGCGACGAAGUGGCCCGUAAGUUGGUACGAGACACGAUAGGAGGAAGGAGAGAAAUACUCAAAUGUAAAAUAAUAAACCAAUGUAUACUUUUUACUUAAAAUAAUUGGAUAGAACUUUAAAGAACUUGAAUUUUAGUUACAAUACAUGUGUUCUGCUACGUGAUGACAAGUCAAAUUUCACUUCAGUCCCAUUGUUGAGGUUAUCUGCUGAUAUAAUCGUUCAUUUCUUCCAUUUAUACAAGCAUAAUUUGCUUGUUUCGCUCGUAUGAUUGAUGGGUUUCGUCAGAGAUGAGAAAAGAACGAAAAGAUUGAACAUGGAACAGCUUUGUUGAUCUAAGACACUGGAAAAGAUGGUAUUCUGAAUGCUGACUCCCUAAAAAGGAAUUCUUCCACCAUACUUACACAAAUGUCCCUAUUUUAUUAUUACGUAAUGGCUUUUUGAAGACUUCAUAUGGUAUAGUCGGCACAGUAGUUUUUGUUCGGUGGAGAAGCUAGCGGAGCUGGCGGGCGGGCCUAGUCUGUGUACCUGAGGUGGCACGGUCAGCGUAUUUCUUUUGUUUGGGCGUUCAGUCCGAGACUCGCUCCUAGCCUUCCCCUUGAAAAUUCCGCCGGCCAAAAACUACUGCACCGAUUAUGAAGCGAAUCUAUUACAUAUAAUGCUAAUCCAUAGCACACGUGACAAUUAAGAUUCAAGGUAAGAUCUGGUAAAUGAAAUAUUGAUAAGAAUCGUUACAAUAAAAGUAGUUUAAUACUAAUAAUAAUGUUUAAUGUUUAUCCAUAUAUUUUAAAUAUAGAAUUUUUUGGAGAAAAUACUCAUUAAUAUAUAAGUUCUUAUUACAUAUUCAAACGAAAUAAGUGAUUUAAGGAUUGUAAUGUGGUAGAACAGCUUUGAGCUUUCUGGGCGCUUUGUUCUCCCAGAAUUGUGAGGAAGACAAUGAAAGUUGUCACAGUAAAGACGAACUUUCCAUCUGUUUUACAAAAGCAUAUUUAUAGCAUAUCAUUUUCUAAAUGACUACAAUCCCUUGUGAGAAAACAUUUGCAUAUCGUGAGUUUUCUUUAUUGUUUUGUAAAAUGUGAUGCAUCAAAUUAUAGUACGUAAGGUACUGUGAUGAAAAUAGUGAAAUAAAAUAACAUAAAACAGUGCAAAA